AUGAUUGCCGUGAUGUAUGGCGGCACUUAUUGCUCAAUAUUCUUCGUAUUCACUUUAACAUCAAUCCACUUCUUGGUAACAGCGAUAGAAAUGGAGAUUAUGGCUAUGGUAGGGUUAUUUGAUCGCACUCGUCUUCCAUGGGGUACAAGUGCCAAAAUGGCAGUUUUCUGCACUGGAUCGUUGUGUAAACUAUUGGGUAUCCCAUGGUUAGUUUUUGUGGAACGAAUUGUUUACAAGAAACACACGUCUUUUGGCAGCAAUUUAUCAUUAAUCGUGAUUCUUACUGGAAUGUUUUAUGCCACGGUAGCAGAUGUCAGUUUAAGUAUAGUAGGCAGCAGUAUUGGUAUAGUUGCUGUUAUGAUCACCACUCAGUAUCAAAUUUGGCAAGGCAUAGUACAAUGUGAACAUAAACUGAGCCCAUUGCAAAUCAAUUAUGCACAAGCAUUGCCGACUUUUUUUCUCACAGAUGGACUGUCACAGAGGCACAAUGGAUCAUCUUCAGUGCUAUCUUAG